AUGAACAACCACCGCUUCGUUGGACAAGAAACACCUCGCGUUGAUCAAAAGUUGAAGAUGGCGCGUUCUGGGCCGCGGGGAAAGCUGCCUCAGGAUCAGCCAAACAAGCCAAACAUGACCGCAUCACCGAGCCUCAUCUACUAUUCUGUCAUUUACAACAGGUUUCUCUUCGUUCCAACACCACGAACCCCAAUAAUGGAGCCUCCUCACUCUCUUCUGUCCCAAAAGUCAUCGGACUCCGGCCUUCAUAUUCAACUACACCCUCUCGUUCUCCUCACCGUCUCCGAUCAAAUCACCCGACACGCCGCCCGUCAACAGAAAGGCCCGAUCAUUGGCGGUCUUCUGGGUCAACAGAAUGGAAGAGAGAUAACACUCGAACAUGCUUUCGAAUGUCCUGCCACUGUGGGACCUGGUGAUGAUAUUAUCUUGCCCGCAGCAUGGUUUGAAGAGCGCUUGCAGCAAUUUAAGGGUGUGCAUAAAGACCCAGCUCUUGACUUGGUUGGAUGGUGGUCAACCGCUCCAUCAACUGGGCCCAACACUGCUCACCUCCCUCUUCACCGACAAAUACUGCAGGACUACAACGAGUCAGCUGUUUUUCUAGCCUUCCACCCCUCACAAGUCCAAGCCUCAGAUUCGGAUGGCUCCAAACUUCCUUUGACGGUAUACGAGAGUGUGCACGAGGGCGAGACUGGCCCCGAUGCAAGCAAAGAUAUGCAGGUUGAUGGCGAAGAGCCAGCACUGAAUAUCAGAUUCCGGGAACUACCAUAUUCGGUGGAGACAGGAGAGUCAGAGAUGAUUGGAAUUGACACUAUUGUGCAGGCUUCAGGUACCGCUUCUUUGAAUGUAACUCAGGAGCCGGCCAAGCACGCAAAGAAGUCCGAGGCAGAUAAACAGAGCUCGCAGACCGAGCUCUCACAAGAAGAAGAAGAAUUGAUCGCAAGCCUCGGCACUCGUCUCAACGCCGUCCGCACUCUCGAAUCCCGUGUCUCUCUCAUAAAGUCCUAUCUCUCCGGGUUAUCAGAAGCAGAUCUUGGCACCAACGCUUCAAAAGACAAUGAAUCCAUCAAGCUGUCACACCCAAUUCUUCGCGACAUCAACUCCCUCCUUUCUCACCUCUCCAUUCUGUCGCCGUCAGAGCAGAGCUCCUACGCCACCGAGGUUCUGUGCCAAAGCAACGACGUGCAGUUAAUCUCACUGCUCGGCCAACUCGGCGAAAAUAUCAAGGCUAUGCGUGAUCUGGGCCGCAAAACUGCUAUCAUUCAAACUGGCCGCCAUGUUGCUAAAUCACGCCAGGACCCCCGCUCUGCUAUGCAGAGGGGGUUCAAUCAAGAAUUCUUUGCCCAGGGUAGUGGGCCUGUGACCACAGAGAAUGAGAUGUACUCUUGA